GCCUACCGCUUCCAGGCGGGCUCUUCUCAUUCAUGGCAUGACCAUGUCCUCGCAUUCAUGGGAGGGCAUCGCUGAGCUGUUGGUAGCAGAUGGAUUUUUUUGUCGUUGCUCCGAAUCUCCUUGGGCAUGCAUGGAGACAGGGCACCGACUAUCGUGUGUCCACCCUUGCAGAGGACCUUAAACCAUAUUUCGUCAUGGGCACGUUCUACGACGUCAUCAUCGGUCAUUCUCUUGGAGGCCCAGUGGCCUUAUCGCUCUUGCCAUUCUUGCCCAAGACAAAAGAAACCACUCUCAUACUCCUCGAUCCUGCCCUCGAGCUUACAGAGGAGAAAGCCAAAGUGAUGAAACAAUUUGUGAUGGAUGAGAUGGCGAUUAACAAAACUGUCGAAGAGCAUAUGGCUGAAAAUCCUGCUUGGUCACGACGUGACUGCAUAUCAAGAGUGCUGGGAAUGACCAUGUGCGAUCGCGCGACUAUCGAGGUGUUCCGGCAAAACACGCCAUGGUCUUUCAGUGGGCUGACCAAAAACAUUCCCCCUAACGUCAAGGUCACCGUGCUGAUAUCAGAUCCGAAGUUCAGCAACAUCAUAGAAGACGUCGCUCGUGCAGUGGAGGGAUUAAAAUCCAGAGUUCUCCCUGGUAUUGGUCACUGGAUUCCAUACGAGCUUCCGCAUGCUAUCAUGGAUGAAAUUCCCUUACCGAGAGCAAAGUUGUGAGCCGUGUAAAUAAGGGAUGGUGUUCUGCUGCGUAAUUUUUGUCUGUAAUCUGUUUUUGAUAUCGCCCACAGCCUGCUUAAUUACUAGGUUGUACUUAUACAAAAUUUAACCGUUGAACCAGAACGCGGUGGGUGUAGCUGGUGCGAGUCAUACUCCACCUUGAAAAUAUGUGCGCCGAGAAUGGUAUGCACUGCGACUUGGCCCAGCUGCUAUUUCUUUCCGUCCGUGGGUUGUCAACUUCAGUCUGGACCCCGCAGCUCUUCUACCAUGGCACGAGAUGUUAUGUCAUUCACAAUUCG